AUGCUCUGUUCCUUUAGAUAUUUGUCUAGACAGUGAAUAUUAAUGGCUCUCAAUAUUACAGUGUCAUUAUUCAUUUUGUUUUGAUAAUCAGAGUGUUAGAGUUUAAGGAGAAAGCAUGAAGUUACUUGGGGUUAUGUGUAAAUACGUUUAGGUACACGGGAAUGAGUAUAUAGUAGCAAGAUGCAGUGAAGAGUUCUCAAUUUUUUAAUUUUUUUCUGGUAUUACUUUACUCUGUUAAUUAGUUCAUUGUUUUUAAUCAGUAUUGUAGGUCAGAAUUUGCUUUAAUACAGCUUGUUACUUGUAUUGCCUUUUCUUUUACAUCUGCCUCAAUUUUCUUUUUUCUUUUUUGUUUUUAAAGUAUAUUAAGAGCAGAUUUAUUGAGAAGCCUCUCUUGGGCGGGUUCUCUGGUUCCAAGGAACAAGGCAGGGGCAGGGAGAUACAAGGGCGGGGGAUGAGAAAGAUAGAAAGAGGGUGCACACACAGCAACAAAGCAGAUGCAGAAAGAGGAAGAGAGAGAGAGAGAGCAAACAGAAUGUAUGCAUCAUACAGGGAAGAGCUUUCGGGGGACGGGAAGGAAGCCAGCCUCUCAGUUGGAAAGUUUAGGGCAGAGGGUAGGGUGUGCCAGCCAGGCCCUGUAACAGGGGCUGGGAGUUCCUGAGGCCAGGUCUGUUUUGUUAUGUUAAAUAUGCACCUCAGCUGUUUACCCUGCAUCUGAAUCCCAACUUCCCAGAUUCUGUGGAUAAUAAAUGAAUAAGGGGCAACGUAAUCAUCUAUGACUACUUCCUGCUGACAUUGGGGCGCUGUUAUUUGGGAGUAGGUCCAAAAAAGCUAGAAUGUUGGCCAAGUCCAGGUAGAACAGGCUGUUUCUUUUGUCCAGGUUGUGGGAUCAUCUAGGUCCAGCUGCUUUUGGAGCAGAUUUUGAAGGAACAUCUGGAUCUGGCAGGAUGCUGGAACAGACAUGUUAUUGCAGAAAACAAGAUUAAGGAGUUUAAGAAGAAAAAAAAAUUUCUUUGGUGUACAUUUGAAACUUUUAGGCCCAUGGUCUUGGUAGUUUUAGUGGUGUGGUCCAAUGACCAGGGGAAGGGAAUAGAUCCCACCCUCGGGAAUCAGUAGGAGGGAGGGAAACAGGCUGUCGAUGAACAGUAUUUCUCCGGAGUCCAUUUGACUUGGAUUCAAGUUUGUUCCUUGAAGCUUGUGAGAAUCUCCUUACGUUUACAAAGAAGAUAAAUUUCAGACUUGUUAGUAUUACCACUGUUUAAUGCUGAAGCUCUGAACUCUGAGAUCUCCGUACAGCAGUGGCAUAGUGCUACCUCAGUUUUUAAAGUUAAUUGAGAUCAGUGCUGUGGGGAGGUAAGUGAAUAGUCUGUGUGCUGCAGCCUCAAAGUCUUCAUUUGUUCUCGGGCUUGUGUUGUGCGUAACACCAGUAAAUAGUGAGCAGCCAGGAGAGGCUAUUUAUAAACCCAGCUGUGUAUUCCAUUACUAAUACUGCGUCCAGUUGAAGGAACUCUUCUAUCACUUCGCAGGGCUCACUAGCUUUCCUGCUUCCCACGUUCUUCAUUGCUUUGUGCUCCUAUGAUAAAGUUUACCAUGCAUUAAGCAAAUGUAUCCUGUGUUUAUUUUUACUGUUUAUAAUUUUUAGAAGUGAUUUUUCAAAAUCAUUUUGAUAGUCAGCACUUAAUCCAGCUGUCUGUUUUCUCCUUUAAGAUGAUGUGUUUUUAUUUCUAUUUUUAACUUGGACUCUAUUCUGUAUCAUCUAAGUGAGUGUGUGUGUUAACACAGUUUUCUUUCAUGAGAUAUAAAAGUUUAAUUAUUGCAAAGUCAGUUUAUUCAGUAUUUCCCAAGACUUUCAGGUAAACAGUUUAAAUAGCAAGGUAGAUGAAUUUAGCUUUCAGGGAGUCAUUGGCUUGUUUUCAUUUCUGUAGCUGAUGCUGUUACGUUAUGGACAACAUUUAGAUUAGCUACUUAAUUUACUUGCUUUUUCUACUCAAACAAGACCCAGACUUCAGUUUUCCUUCUGUUGGUCCAUAGCACGAAAAUGGCUGGGACUGCUAGUCAUUGCUUCGGUAGUGUCCAACUCCCUUGGCAUUGACUCCGCUUGAUCAUGACAACUGUAUUAUGAGUAGCUUAAAACAUGGGCCAGUGUCAGUGGGUUCCUUUAGGCUGUGCUUCACCAGUCUCAUAUGAGUGAGACUAUUUCACUUAUUAGGUACGAACCGAUCCUAGGGGAGAUGUUAAUUUUAGAAGCCCCAUGCUGAAUUCUGAAGUCUUAAAAUUCUGCAUUUUAAAGCCUUAUAAGUGACCACAGGCUUAGUACUAAAAUAGCAGCUGACACAGUGCUUUCCGGCGGUAACUUCUGUGGUAAGUGGAAAAGGUUGGCAGUUUCCAUUUAGGUUUCUGAGUUAACGAGGGAAAGCAGGUAGAGACAGCGCAGACAGUAACUUGUAUGAGUGGCAGCACGGUUUUCCAGAGGUCAAAGAAGACAAAGAAUUCCAUUGAUAAGUCAACUGAGACUGACAAUGGCUAUGUGUCCCUGGAUGGGAAGAGGACUGUAAAAAGCAGCGAGGAUGGAGCACAGGACCAUGAGCCUCAGUGUGAAACCAUUCGGCCAGAAGACACCGCCUGGGCCACACGAACGCCGAGGAGUGUUCCUGCCAAAGAUGCCCAAAGAAAGAUAACAAAUGUCUCUGAUGAAGUAUCCAGUGAGGAGGGUCCUGAAACAGGAUACCCAUCACGCUGUCAUGGGGACAGAACUUCCGAAAGCGGUCUUCGAAAUAGAAAGCCACACCAUUAUAAAAAGCAUUACGCAAAUGAGGAUGCCCCUAAAUCGGGUACUAGUUGCAGCUCUCGCUGUUCAAGUUCCAGACAGGAUUCUGAGAGCACAAGGCCAGAAUCUGAAACUGAAGAUGUAUUAUGGGAAGACUUGUUACAUUGUGCAGAAUGCCGCUCCUCCUGUACCAGUGAGACAGAUGUGGGAAAUCCUCAGAUAAAUCCAUGUGGGAAAAAAGAAUAUAGAGACGACCCUUUCCAUCAGACUCAUUUACCCUGGCUUCAUAGUUCCCACCCGGGAUUAGAAAAAAUCAGUGCUAUAGUGUGGGAAGGCAAUGACUGUAAGAAAGCAGACAUGUCCGUACUUGAAAUCAGUGGGAUGAUCAUGAACAGAGUGAACAACCACGUACCGGGCAUAGGGUACCAGAUCUUUGGAAAUGCUGUCUCCCUGAUCCUGGGCUUCACCCCAUUUGUUUUCCGACUGUCACAAGCCACAGACUUGGAGCAGCUCACAGCCCACUCUGCCUCAGAACUUUAUGUGAUUGCAUUUGGCUCGAACGAAGAUUUCAUGGUUCUGUCUAUGGUCCUGAUAAGUUUUGUGGUUCGCGUGUCUCUUGUAUGGAUCUUCUUCUUUCUGCUGUGUGUAGCAGAGAGAACAUAUAAGCAACGAUUACUCUUUGCAAAACUCUUUGGACAUUUGACAUCUGCAAGGAGAGCUCGGAAAUCUGAGGUUCCUCAUUUCCGGUUGAAGAAAGUACAGAAUAUAAAAAUGUGGCUGUCUCUCCGUUCCUAUCUUAAGCGCCGAGGCCCUCAGCGGUCCGUGGAUGUCAUCGUCUCAUCCGCCUUCUUACUGACAAUCUCCGUCGUGUUCGUCUGCUGUGCUCAGCUGCUCCACGUGCAUGAGAUCUUCCUCGACUGUCACUACAACUGGGAGCUGGCGAUCUGGUGCAUCUCCCUGUCACUGUUUCUCCUGAGGUUUGUCACUCUCGGAUCAGAAACCAGCAAAAAAUACAGCAAUACCUCAAUAUUACUCACAGAGCAGAUAAACCUCUACUUGAAAAUGGAGAAGAAACCUAACAAGAAGGAGGAGCUGACCCUUGUGAACAAUGUUUUAAAGCUGGCUACUAAGCUACUAAAGGAGCUGGACAGUCCCUUCAGGUUGUACGGACUCACAAUGAACCCACUGCUAUACAACAUCACCCAGGUUGUCAUCCUGUCAGCUGUCUCCGGUGUCAUAAGUGACUUGCUUGGAUUUAAUUUAAAGCUGUGGAAGAUCAAAUCAUGACAGUUGAGAGAACUGGAGAUGUAGCCCAGUGGCCAGAACAUGAGUGCUGAUGGAGCGGUCGCUGAUCUGCUCCAGGAGUCUGCUGGGAACGAAGUGUUUACAUCAGACUGUAUUGUGCAAUUCUUAUAUUUAUUUUACGUGUUCACUGGUUUUGUUCUGUUUUGUUGUAUGUGUGUUUGUUUUCUUUCUUUUUUUCUUUUUAAACAUUUAGUCCGUUUUAAGCAUUGAAGUUCUUAAUUGUUGAAAGGGUGGCAAAACUGAUCCAGAUACCUGAGGUCCUGGUAAUUGUUAACAAGUAACUGACCAACAGAUUGUGAAAACAGAAGCCAUCACUAAGCACUAUUUCUUCAUCAAUGCCGUGAACUUGCCUUACUUGAGGAAAACGUCUUUAACUCUGAAAUAGUGCAUUGGUCUAAGCUAAACACAUUUUCUCUGGUAAACCAGGAUCCACUCAGGACCGCUCUUGAAGUAAUUUCAGAACAGUCCUGGGAUGCAGACUGAGUAAGCUGCAGUGGAUGCGCCCUUCAGUAUUAAUAUAUAGUAUUAUGUAACAGGUCAACAAGUGCUCUUUCACGAUAAACUCUUAACGGAGCAAUAAUCGUAAAUGGUUACCAUACUGUAAAAUAUUUUGAUAAGAAUUAAUUAGUAAUAAGUGUAUUUAUUUAAACACUGGGCUGUUUGCACAGCUCCGACUGUGCAUGCUCAAAUGUGCACUUUUUAAAAUGGUUCCUUUGGGUGUAUGUCUCACGUGGAUAUGCGACAGUGUACCAGGGCGUAAUAUGGUAUCCUUUUGAGUGAGGUCCGUCCUCAUCUCACAAGUGAAGUGCCUACUGUUAUUACUAAAGUGCGUUACGUUUACUCUAGAAUUCCCCAUGGUACACUCUAGCGUAUGCUGUUCCUACCACACUUAAAGCUUAAGAAUCAAGUUAAGAACCAACAGAAUAUUUAUCUGAUUGCUAGUUAUAAAAUUUCCAAAUUUUCCAAAAAGACAGCUUCAGCCUACCAGUUCUAGCCUCCAAAUUUAAUCUGGUGCACCCCUUCCCAGCUCCAUGACGUAAGGGCUAUUUUUAGACGCUUUUAACAUGGAAAGCUAGCUGCUCUCCCCUCCGGUAACUGGCCAAGCGUGCGGUGGGAGCUAUCAUGUUUCCCCUUGGUAAAUAGGGCAGAUAUGAUAGUCCCUAUGUCUGGCCUUCAUCCUAAGUCGUUACAUUUGUACAAUCAGUAGUGUUUUAAGAAUUACAUGAAACAAAAUGUUUUUCUGAUUUUUUUUUUUGUUUUGUUUUGUUUAAGCCAAGCAUUUGGUUUCUAAAACAAAGAAAUUAUUUGAAACAAUCUAGGGUUUUCUUGGUGCAAAGUCAUACUGAAUAUAUUCAUAUUUUUAACAUAUUUUAUGGUCUUUAAAAUAAUUAAUUGUAAAUAAUUUAUUUGAUUGGUGCAGUUCUAAUUCCCAAAUCACUUUUAAAAUCAGGAAUGUGUAGCGAGCAGAGCCAUGUGUUAAAUGUUUCUCUUCCCAUUCCUUUGAGCAGCCUCAGUUAAGCCUCACUGUAGAGGGCUCUUUGUAUAGGAAACAGCAGACAGCGUUGUGUUCCGUUUGCCUGUUCUAAGACGUCCCAUAAUGACCAAAGUGCAUUCUGAGUGUUGUUCAAGGAAUGUAUUGCUGGAGCUUUAAGAACACACUUAGUUUCCCAUGUGAAGAAUUAGGCUUUGUCUCAUAUGUUUCUUCCUUCCUAUUGUCUAAUGUUGAGGUUGUUUUUAGGCACUAUAUUUUAUAAACUUUUUCAAAAUAAGGUACAUACCUAUACAGAACUUAACAUUUUGCACAGAGUAUAUCAAAUAUAUUUUGAGAAUAAAAAAGUACAGCAUGAGUUCUGUUAGGAAUAAAGUGAGAUUAUUGUAUCUUUAAAAAAAACUUAUUUCAAGUUGGAAGUAUUUUUGAGCCAACUAGCUGAGAAUCCUGACUUAGGAACAUGCUUGCUUUAGGUCACAGUUGUGUUUGCUGUAGUUGGGGUCGAUUGUACAGUAUACCUGUCAGAACAUGAUGUAUCGGUCGUGCCGUUAGCAUGGGCAGCAGUAGAAUACUAAAAGCAAAGUGUGUUAAGCAGCUUCGUAAUGUUCCCAGAGCCAUUUCAGAGUAGUGAGUGACAGCCCUGCCUGUACAGACACCGUGGAUGUAAGAAGUUGAAAUGUAACCAAUCACAUCAUAGAGAAGAAGCAACUCGGAGGCACAAUCAUGGCGGAUGCUGUGUGCUGUUUCUUUGCUGCGUGUUUUUAAAAGUUUGAACAGCAAGUUUAAAAUAAAACAUUCUAAGGCUGA